AUGACAGUCAAAUAGAGGAGGAUUUCCACAGCAUGCUGAAAGGAGACUUAUAGCGGGCUAUCGGAGCAGUAACCGUGGUUAAUGCAUACAAAAGCGUUUCUACUCGAGGAACAGAAGACAAUUGGCGUAUAGAUAGUGUUCACAACCGAUGUAUACAUACUCGACUGACCAUGGAAGGAUAGUGCUGGCGAUUUUUUCUCAAGUACGGAGCUAGUGGUCACUUACAUAUACCUACGUGAGUGUCACAGCUGACCCGUGGUGAUACUUACCUGUGGACCACCUGCCGCCUGUUGCACACAUUUGUAAACAAAACGGUGAACACGGACAAGGAGAGACACGGUGCAUCUCAUUAACAGAUGUCAUUACAAUCAUGUUAUCUUAUUUAAAUAUUUUAUAACAUAGGAUUUUUCCUGGACUGGUCUUGAAAAAGUGAAGAAAAUUCUGGAGAUUUUUUCCGUUCCAAUAUUUUUUUGGACACCUCUAAUUGACACGGACACAUCCUUUUGAAAUUAAAACCCUGACUAUGCUUCUGGAAGGAGGAUCGGCAGAUAUGUUGGCUGCACAAUCUAAGAUCUUGUUCCAAUUGAACAAGUACUAUAAUGAGCGAGUGCAAUCUCGGCAAGGUGCCACCAUGAAGACCAUACGAGAGGUAUGCAAGGUGGUACAGGAUGUACUCAAAGAGGUGGAAGUCCAGGAACCUCGGUUCAUCAGCUCUUUGAACGAAGCCAAUGGACGAUUUGAAGGCUUGGAUGUUAUUUCUCCUACCGAAUUCGAGGUAGUGCUAUAUUUAAACCAAAUGGGUGUUUUUAAUUUCGUUGACGAUGGUACGAUACCCGGUUGUGCCGUACUGAAACUCAGUGACGGCCGAAAACGGUCAAUGUCGUUAUGGGUGGAGUUUAUCACGGCGUCUGGGUAUCUCUCCGCGAGGAAAAUUCGCUCGAGGUUCCAAACAUUAGUGGCACAAGCAGUGGACAAAUGUAGUUACAGAGACGUCGUGAAAAUGGUCGCCGACACGACCGAAGUUAAACUUCGGAUAAAGGAAAGGUAUGUGGUGCAAGUGACCCCUGCUUUCAGGUGCGGUGGUAUUUGGUGUCGAAGUGCUGCACACUGGCCGGUACCCCAUAUACCCUGGCCAAACCCGAACCUCGUGGCCGAGGUAAAGACGGAGGGAUUUGAUCUACUGUCCCGUGAAAGCAUCUACAUGAAAGACAAACAGAGUGCUGCCGAGGGGGAUGCGUGGGCCAUGUCGUUCAAGUACGCCGAGGACAGACUUCUGUAUGGGGGGUGCAGGCGGAAGUGUCUAAGUAUCAUGAAAACUUUCCGCGACAGACAUCUCGACAUUCCGGGACAACCCAUCACUCCCUACAUCAUGAAAACCCUACUUCUGUACGAAUGUGAAAAACACCCGCGCGAAAUUGAAUGGGACGACACGUGCUUGGGUGACAGACUUAACGGUAUCUUGCUUCAGUUGAUAUCGUGUUUACAGAACAGGAGAUGCCCACACUACUUUCUACCCAACGUGGAUCUAUUUAAGGGCAAAACCACUUCGGGGAUGGACAAUGCUGCCAAACAGGCAUGGCGAAUUCUCCGGGAACUAUUAACGAAUCCAAAAAGUCUAGAGAAGCUUUAAAUAUAUUUAUCUGUGAUGUUGUGUAUUCGUGGAACGCUGAAUGAUUUGUUAUGUACAUGAAGUCCAGUAUCGAUAGAAAUUCAUCAUAAAUUCAGAUGGACUCCCCAUCUAUCAACAACUCAAGGGAACAUUAGGAUUUGCUGCUUGUGAGCGAUCGGGGUAGGCAUACCAUUUAUACAACAGUAGGUAUUAUUUAAGAUAACAAAAACAUGCGUUAAGAAAAAAGGCAUACUUUCUGAUAUUUAAAACGAAAUUAUCGCUUUAGCGUGACUCCUCUGAUUUUGAUUUUAAUUGCAUACUUUAAACUAAUAUCUAAAAAAAAGAAAAAUACACGCUUUGAAGUAUUUGCGUGUUUGCGGAACAUACCAAAUCUGAAUUAUUAGCCCUGCAAAUCGUUAUAGAAUAUUUUGUUUGUGUGAUUCUGCGUAGCGGGGUGUAACGAGGAGGGGGAGGGAGGAGUAAGGAUAGAAUGACGAGGUAGGGAGUAGUAAGGGUAGAAUGACGAGCUAGAGAGGAAGCAAGGGACACCAGCUGAUGCUUGUCACAAGUGUACGCUGAGAUAGUAGUAGAAGCCGCGUUACUGUGUUGGUACAGGUCAGCGAGGCAGAUACACGUACAUCUGAUAUAUACAAGGCUUUUUGGUGCAUUUUUGUAGUGUUAUAAUCUCAAUGUAUGGAUUUAUGCAGCGGAUUGAGAAACGUUUGGAACAGAUUGCUAAUCUCGGUGAGUGCCAAUGAAAAUGAAUGUCGAAAGCGAAUCUAAAAUCAAAGCACUAUAUAUCUUGCUUUCUUUAACAUAUAUCAAAUUUAAACGACAAUCUGUCGUGUUUAUUCGGUGCAGAAAGAUAAUAAAUUUAUGUAAGUUUUAACGAGUAUUUUGAUACCAAAGAAAGAUAAAAGGGUUUCUUGGAGGUUCCUUAGAGUACUGGAUUAAAUUAUGGAUGCAUUUAUAAAUGUUUGCCGAUAGUUUAACUGUUGGCAUGUGAAAAUGUGAGUGAAUGUUUUGAUAAGAUUUAUCUCAAAUUGAGCGCUACUUUGCGUAAUUUGUUAGUUGUUAUUAUCUAAUGUUGUUGUCUUUUUGUGUAUUUUCUUUUCAAUAUUGCGUGUACAUGGAUAAACAAUGUUUUUUGAAUUCUAAGUUAUUAUAGUGUUUACAAACACGUGCUUCUUAAAAUUCCAUUUCAUGUCAAAAAAGAAAUAUGUACAAAAAUUAAAGACAAUUUCAACACGA